UCAGGCAAAACCACAGACACUUUUAUUUUAGAUUGUGUUGUUGUUUUUACGAAGCUCAUUGUCUGUUCCUCAGUUGAUGAAUCUGAGCUCCUGAGUGCUGACGGAUGGAAAGAGGCGCCGUUCACGAAGGACGACAACCCCCCGCGGUCUGAUGGAGAAAGUAGCUUCGCCACCCUCUUCCCCAAAUACAGAGAAGCCUACCUGAAACGGGUGUGGCCGCUGGUGGAGAAGGCCUUAGGAGAAGUACACAUCAAAGCCACUCUGGAUCUGAUCGAGGGAAGCAUCUCCGUUUGCACCUCGAAGAAAACGUACGACCCGUACGCCAUCUUGAGAGGCAGAGAUCUCAUCAAGCUGCUGGCAAGGAGCGUUCCCUUCGAACAGGCUGUGCGGAUAUUACUGGACGAUAUGGCGUGUGAUAUCAUCAAAAUCGGGACCCUGGUGAGGAACAGAGAGCGGUUUGUGAAGCGACGACAGCGGCUGAUUGGCCCAAAAGGCUCCACACUCAAAGUGAGUCCCAUUUAAAAACAA